AUGGCUUCAUAACGAACAAUAUUUUGCCGUAGCUCAGAAAAAAUACGUGUAUAUUUAUGAUCAGAAUGGACUUGAAGUGCAUCGUCUAAAAAGACAUAUCGAACCUAAUAGACUGGAGUUUUUGCCGUAUCAUUUUUUACUAGUUUCUGUGGGAAAUGCCGGCUGGUUGAAAUAUCAAGACACAUCCACGGGGAAAUUUGUCGUUGAAUUACGAACAAAACUUGGUAAAUGCGAUGCGAUGACUCAGAAUCCUUGGAAUGCAAUUAUUCAUUUAGGACAUGCCAAUGGUACUGUCACAUUAUGGUCGCCAAACAUGACAACGCCCCUCGUUAAAAUGUUGACGCAUAAAGGUCCUGUAACAGCGCUAGCAAUUGAUCGGACUGGAAAGUAUAUGGCAACUUCUGGUCUUGAUGGGCAACUCAAGCUUUGGGAUAUCCGUACGUAUAAAUCGUUGCAAGAAUACUUUACGACUACUCCUGCCUGCUCGCUCUCGAUCUCACAGAUGGGUUUAUUGGCUGUGGGAUGGGGACCUCAUAUUAGCGUUUGGAAAGACGCUUUCCUUCAAAAACAGAAAUCGCCAUAUAUGACACACAUCCAACGUGGCACACAACUUCAAGAUCUUCACUUUUGCCCGUACGAGGACGUGCUGGGGUUCGGUCAUUCACAGGGAAUAUCAAGUCUAAUCAUACCAGAACCGAAUUUUGAUAGUUUGGAAGCGAAUCCAUUUCAGACGAAAAAGCAGCGGCAAGAAGCUGAGGUUCGCAGUCUUUUGGAAAAGAUUCAACCUGAAAUGAUUACUUUGGAUCCAUCAUUUAUUGGUAAAAUGGAUCGUACUCCACAAGAGCUUCGAGAAAAAGAACGUAUGGAACGAGAGGCUGAACAAACCACUGGUGACAUGUCAAAACCUCGUAAAAAAACACGAGGCAAAAAUUCUUCGUUGAAACGAUACUUGCGAAAGAAGAAUAAGAAUGUGAUUGAUGAAAAGAGGCUGCAAAUUGAAGAAAAAAUUGCACGUGAACGACAAGAACGCGAAAAACGUAAGCGUGGCGAAUUGGAUCACGAUAAGCCAUUUACAGCUUUAGAUCGAUUUGGUAGUGAUUACA